AUGCCAAAUUUCACAGAUGUGACAGAAUUUAUCCUUCUAGGGUUGACCAGUCACCAGGAUCUUCAAGUUCUCUUUUUUGGGGUGUUCCUAGUAGUUUACAUAAUAACUCUAUUAGGGAAUAUUGGCAUGAUCAUAUUGAUUAGUGUCACCCCCCAGCUUCAGAGCCCCAUGUACUUUUUCUUGAGUCACUUGUCUUUCGUGGAUGUGUGGUUCUCUUCCAAUGUCACCCCCAAAAUGCUGGAAAACUUAUUAUCAGAGACGAAAACCAUUUCCUAUGUGGGGUGCUUGGUGCAGUGUUACUUUUUCAUUGCCCUUGUCCAUGUGGAAGUCUAUAUCUUGGCAGUGAUGGCCUUUGAUCGCUACAUGGCCAUCUGCAACCCUUUGCUUUAUGGCAGUAAAAUGUCCAGGACUGUCUGUGUUCGCCUCAUUUCUGUGCCUUAUGUCUAUGGAUUCUCUGUCAGUCUAAUUUGCACACUAUGGACCUACGGCUUGUACUUCUGUGGAAACUUUAAAAUCAACCACUUUUAUUGUGCAGACCCUCCUCUCAUCAAGAUUGCCUGUGGCGGGGUCUACAUCAAAGAAUACACGAUGAUUGUGAUUGCUGGAAUUAACUUCACGUAUUCCCUCUCAGUGGUCCUCAUCUCCUAUACCUUCAUUGUAGUAGCUGUGCUACGCAUGCGCUCUGCUGACGGGAGGAAGAAGGCCUUCUCCACAUGCGGGUCCCACUUGACAGCUGUUACCAUGUUUUAUGGGACUCUCAUAUUCAUGUAUCUCAGGCGGCCCACUGAAGAGUCUGUGGAGCAUGGGAAAAUGGUGGCUGUGUUUUAUACCACUGUGAUCCCCAUGCUAAACCCCAUGAUCUACAGCUUGAGGAACAAGGAUGUGAAAGAGGCAGUCAAUAAAGCAAUCAUCAAGGCCAACUUGGGUCAGUGA